AGAAUAUAUACUGUUUCCAGGACUGGACCGUGCACGCCUGCAAAUCUGCUAUGGAGUGUGAAAAGGCCGUGCACGAUUGCAAAUUCUGAGUGGGGCGGGUGAAUUGUCCGUGCGCUCUAGAUUUUGGGUGGGCUUUGGAAAUUCACUCGUCACCGCCCGGCAGAACUCGGGACGACCGCCAGCAUCAUCCACAGCUCCAGCUCAGAAGAGUGCGGGAGUUGAGCCUCAAUUAAGCAGCCAGCGAACCCUCUAGACCGACCCAUUCGACAGGCCGCCGGGCUCUUAUUUCUCUAUAUCAACCGCAAAGAUGUCCAUGUUCAGGGCUAAAAAGUUUGAUCUUGGGUGCUUCACCAACAUCAAAAUCAUCCGGGAUCACUCCAAGCGCAAGGCAUUUGAGGCCGCGGAGCCCGAGAGACAAGCUCUCCGGUACAUCAUCCGGAACACCACCCUUCCUAUGAGGACACGCGCCAUGGCCCAGCUCCAGCUCACUCAGAUGCACUGCUACACCCGGCCAACACAAAUCAGGAAUCGCUGCGUCUUGGGCGGUAAGGGGAGAGGUGUACUGAGAGCAUUCAAGAUGUCAAGAUACAACUUCCGUAUGGAAGCAUUGGCAGGUAAUUUGCCAGGUGUGAAAAAGGCUUCUUGGUAAAAGAAUGGUAUUUUGGCGUUCUGAGGUGCAUGAAUAGAAUUGAUGGUCUGGCAACAUGCCCGGUGUUGCCAUAAUGUUGGAAGAUAGAUACGGGCAACUUGGUGUGUAGAAAAGGUUCAUUUGGCCCCAACAAAUCUAGCAGAGAAAGGUUUCAG